UGCAAUUUUCCUUUGUGACUUCCUUACCUUAUCUGCGCUUGUACGAGUAAUAAUCUGUUCUGAAAUGCUGGAAUGAGUCUUCAUCUUCUUCGUAAGGUUUAAGCAUUGACGCUCACUACAACUGCAAGCAAUGAGUCUUCAUAUUCAUCCCUCAGGGUUCUUCCUCCCCAAUACUCGCACAAUUUCGCCCCACCUCUCUUUCUGCCGAAGCGGACCAUCUCCACCAUCUCUCGCGCCAUCAGCGUCUGUUUCUUCGCCUCACCCCACAAUUCAGAUUGUUGGAGGUAAAACAUCAAAUUUCCUUGGAGAUUCGACUCCCAAGGGUGCAUCUAACUCCGACCUACUUGAGGGUGAUUGGGUUGAUUUUGAAGCUGAUCUGUAUUACUGGACAAAUACAUUGCGUCCCGUUCAGUGGUAUCCUGGCCAUAUAGCAAAAACAGAAAAAGAGCUGAAGGAUCAACUAAAGCUGAUGGAUGUUGUGAUAGAGGUUCGAGAUGCUAGAAUACCCAUGUCGACAAGUCACCCGCAGAUGGAUGCGUGGCUUGGUAAUAGGAGAAGAAUAUUGGUAUUGAAUAGAGAAGAUAUGAUUUCUUCAGCUGACCGGAAUGCUUGGGCAACUUAUUUUACAAGACAGGGAAUAAAAGUAGUGUUUUCAAAUGGGCAGCUUGGAAUGGGCACAAUGAAACUAGGGCGGUUGGCCAAGACGUUAGCAGCAGAUGUCAAUGUCAAACGUAGAGCAAAGGGACUACUUCCUCGAGCGGUUCGUGCUGGAAUAGUUGGAUAUCCUAAUGUUGGAAAAUCGUCUUUGAUCAACCGCUUAUUGAAACGACGAAUGUGUCCAGCAGCUCCAAGACCAGGUGUCACCAGAGAAUUGAAGUGGGUUCGUUUUGGCAAAGAUCUUGAGUUGCUUGAUUCUCCUGGUAUUAUACCAAUGCGGAUUAGUGACCAGACAGCUGCAAUAAAGCUUGCUAUAUGCGAUGACAUUGGAGAGAGGUCCUACAAUGCUGCUGAUGUUGCCGCCAUUCUUGUACAGAUUCUGACCAAGCUCCCAUCAGUAGGUAUAGAAUCACUUCAAAAGCGGUACAAAGUUGAUGCAGGCGGUCAAUGUGGUCACAUAUUUGUUCAAAAGUUAGCCCUCCAAUUGUUCAACGGGGACAAUCAUCAAGCAGCUUUCCGCAUCUUAUCGGAUUUUCGCAAAGGAAAGUUUGGAUGGACUGCUUUGGAGAGGCCUCCUAGGUAAUGCUGUUGGAUGAUGGUUUGCUUGGAGGUCAGAAUUUGAGCUUCUCGCUCUUACACUAGUUGUAUAGAUUCUAAAGGCCACUCUCAAACUGAGAAAAGAAAUUCACGAUGCUUAUAUUGCUUUCGGCUUGCGGACUUGUGGGAAGCUCAAAAUUGGAGUCCUUGUUCAUAAAUGGUAAUGAGUCUCAUUAAUUUGUGAAGCCAUUGUGAUCAUGUAUUAUAUGCUUUUACAUCACUCAUGUAAUUAAAACAAUCGUUUUGGUUAACCUACAAUUGUAUUCCAAAUGAAAUUCAUAGUUCUUUACAAUAAAUAUCUUUAUCAUA